GGAGGCAGUCUGCGGUGGUGGUUACGAGUUUGGGCUCUAGAGUCAGACAGACCUGUGUUUGAGUCCUUGAUUGUUCUGUGUUUUACAGAUAAAUUUCCUUAUCAAUAAAGUGAGAACAAUGAUGCUAAUCUUCCAUAUCUACAGGGGUUAUAAUGAGGAUUAAGUGAAAUAAUGUCUGUGAAGCACUUAGUGUUCAUAGCUCCGUUGAUAUCCCACAAAUAUUUUUGGAAUAUCUUUUGUGUACCAUGCCCUGUCCAAGGCACUGGGAAUGUAAGACAAAUGUGCUUCUUGUCUUUCUGGGAUUUAACUGGUAGUAGAGGUUGCAGCUGUUAAAUACAUUGUACAAUUCUAAUUGUGAUGGGUGCUAUGAAGGAGAAGUCAUGGAGCCAUUGUGGUUUAUAACAGGAAACAUGACUUUGACUGGGAAGAGAUGGUGGUUGAUAAGGCUGCUCUGAGGAGGAAAUAUUAAGGAUGAGAAGGUGUUAUCCUCUGAAGAACAUUCCAGAGUGCACUUUGUGCUGAAGGCUGAGGCCAUGGAGAGGAAAUACCUGCAGGAUUACCAUCCAGUCUAGCAUCCCCUGUGAGGGCGGACUGCGGUGCCUCUGCUGGAAGAUUCUCUUGAACUACCUCCCCUUGGAGAGAGCCUCAUGGACUUCCAUCCUGGCCAAGCAGAGGGAGCUGUAUUCUCAGUUCCUGAGGGAAAUGAUUAUCCAGCCUGGCAUUGCCAAGGCCAACAUGGGAGUGUCCAGGGAGGAUGUGACCUUUGAGGACCAUCCACUCAACCCCAACCCUGACAGCCGGUGGAACACAUACUUCAAGGACAAUGAGGUGCUGCUGCAAAUAGACAAAGAUGUUCGGAGGCUGUGUCCAGACAUAUCCUUCUUCCAGAGGGCCACUGAGUACCCCUGCCGCCUCAUCUUGGACCCCCAGAAUGAGUUUGAGACCCUUCGUAAACGCGUGGAACAGACAACGCUGAAAUCCCAGACAGUGGCCCGGAACCGGAGUGGGGUCACAAAUAUGAGCUCCCCACACAAGAACGCUGCACCAUCAUCCUUGAAUGAGUAUGAGGUGCUGCCCAAUGGCUGUGAAGCCCACUGGGAGGUGGUGGAGCGGAUCCUGUUCAUCUAUGCCAAGCUCAACCCCGGCAUUGCUUAUGUGCAGGGCAUGAAUGAGAUCGUUGGCCCCCUCUACUAUACCUUUGCCACUGACCCCAACAGCGAGUGGAAAGAGCACGCUGAGGCAGACACCUUUUUCUGCUUCACCAACCUCAUGGCUGAAAUCCGGGACAACUUCAUCAAGAGCCUGGAUGACUCGCAAUGUGGCAUCACCUACAAGAUGGAAAAGGUGUACUCCACUCUGAAGGAGAAGGAUGUAGAGCUCUACCUGAAACUGCAAGAGCAGAACAUCAAGCCCCAGUUCUUCGCUUUCCGCUGGCUGACACUGCUGUUAUCCCAGGAGUUCUUGCUGCCUGAUGUCAUCCGUAUCUGGGACUCCCUCUUUGCCGAUGACAACCGCUUUGACUUCCUGCUCCUUGUCUGCUGCGCUAUGCUCAUACUGAUCCGGGAACAGUUGCUGGAAGGGGACUUCACUGUAAACAUGCGGCUCCUGCAGGAUUACCCCAUCACAGAUGUCUGCCAGAUCUUACAGAAAGCCAAGGAACUCCAAGACUCAAAGUAGCCUGGUGGCAAGAGGCCCAGGUUUGGGAGAGAAGCCACCUGACCCCUCUGCCCUUGCUUCUGGAAUGUGCAGAAGCCUGUGGGAUCCCCAGCCGGAGGGGAAGCUGCAGGAUUGGCCACACUCCAGGCCUUCUCACCCUGGCUCCCUCAACCUAGGCUGCUCCCACUGGGGGUACACUGUGCUGUCCUCCCUCCUUAACCACCAAGCCCAGUCUUUCUCCUUGCUCUUCAGCCCUGGGACUCUCUGCCCAGGCUGCUGAGCAAGGCUGGAACUCAUGAAGUUCUGUUUCCUGGGACUGGGGACAGCUUGGGGGCUCUCGGAGACUGGCAGGGGUCCCUUCCUGCUUCCAUUUGCGGCCCCGUUUCUCCUUUCCUGCUUCUGAUCUUCUGGACUCUGGUAGAGGGGAGGGGGGAAGGCACUGGGCAGAUGGCCCGGCUUCCGCUUCUUUUGGGCAUUGGUGCUUAGGCUUCUCCACGGGGAAAGCGAGACACUAUGAAGGAGCUAAGCGGCUGCCAGGCCAAGGUCAUACCGUCUCUCUCCCACUGAGUGUAGUACCUGGUCAUAGGUUGCGUAUGUGUGUCUGAAUCCUGCAGGUGUCUCUGCUUCUCUGUCUUGUCUGUCAGUCAGUAGGUAUGUAAAGGUAUCUUUGAAUCCCUCUAGGUCUAUCUGUCUUUCUACUUUUCUAUCUCUUGUUCCCUCUCUUCUCCCUCCGCCUCUUUCACCGAGGGUGUGAGUGACUCUCUUACUCUGUAUGUUCCUUUCCGUUGCUUUCUCUCUGCCCUUCUCUCUUGGGGUGCCUUAUCUUGAGCCUCUUCCCUUCCCUGCUUCUCUCCAUGAAUUUGUAAGACAGAAUGAGGAGGAGUCUGGCUCAGCAAAGCCCCAGGAGGUCAACCUUGGUCUUUGUACCUUGUUCCCUGCUCCCCAGCCCUAGGCUCUGGGUCCCCAAGAUUGGGAGGAAAUCCACAGUGCCUCACUAGAGGUCCCUCAACCUGUUCCCCACAACAGAAAUCUUGGAAAGCAAAAGCUGCUGAGGAAUGAAGAAGGAGAUCUGUGUCUUUCCAGAGAGUCCCCUAAAGGCCCUUCUUUGGGGUGGUCUGUGCUCCAAGGGAAUAGAAAAGGUAAUUCAAUUCCAGGGGUUGGAAUCCAAGUGCUUCCUAAGAGUUGUCAUUCCCUUGGCUUCCAGGUCUCAGUCCAGGGUGGGUGAGUCCUAAAAAGGGUAAGUGGAACCAAGGGGAGCCUCCCUAGGGCCAGAUAUACCUGAGCUCAAAGGCCCUGGAUCCUGUUCAUGCCAGGAGGGCCUUGUCUCUCUUCCAUUGUGUUGCCCCAUCAUCUCCUAAGCAGUGUGAAAGAGAUGCUGACCCUUCUCUUCUGGUCACCUGCUUCAGCUGUUCUAGGAUUUGGGGCAGGUGAAGUUUGAGCAGGAGCAGCUGGCUAUUUGCAGUGCUGGGCUGUGGGAAGAGUGGGGCUUGUUCCAGCCAUGCCCCAUCCCUUCUUUUGCGAGGAGGCAGGUGCUUUUGGCCUGGAAGGGUGGGUGUAGGAAGAGUCCUUACCUUCUUCCUGGACUGGCCAGCAGGAACAGAGCUCCAGGAGCCCUCUUGCUCUAAAGCCUUCCUAAAUCUGGCAGCCAGGCCCAGCUGUGGACCAGAAACAGCUCCCUCCAGCUGGCUGCCUUGCAGGCUCUACCUUGGAUUGUGCUGGGACUUUAUAUGCUUGCCUUUUUGCUGCCUCUUCUCCCGAUACUCAAUAUUUGGGAGCUAGUUACUAUUUAUUCAGACUCCUGGUUAUUUAUUGCAGAUUGGCAAGUGCUUAGUUUGGGCCUGGGGCUGGGGCUCGAAAGGUAGAGUCAGAGACAUGGUCCUCCUGAUUUCCCAAGGUCAGAGCCAGCAUUCUCUCCCCUUGCCUCUGGGACCUUCCUGGGUUUCCAACUGGUCCUGGCUGGGAUGGUUCUGAAUUCUGUACUGGAGCUGAGUGGAAAGUAGAGAGAAGACAGCUGGUGCCCUUGCCAGACUCCAAGGCCCCUGGGAUGGGGCAGAGACACACUCCUUUCCCCAGCCUGACCCAGCCUCUUCCCAGGAUUGAAGUCCCCAACUUUGAUCACUUCCGACAGCCUGAGGUCUGGGCCAUGACCUGGGACCCAGCAGACACUGCCCAGGACGGCGUAUUCAUCUCCUCUUGCCUGUUCACCUGCCUCCUUCCCGGGGCCAUACUACUUGAAUCACUGCAUUUAAUUUGCCUUAGUGGCAUACCUGUGUCCAGUGCCCUCUUGUUGACCUUGGGAUGAAGGUCAAGAUCAUAGGGACCAUGUCCUAGUUAGGCUGAGCUUUCCAAUAGGGUACUGCCUGAGGAAAGGACCUACCCUUGACUAUGCCUUCUCCCCCAGAUUCUUCAAGAGAAGUCCCCAGAGAGCCAGAGUGCUCAAGGCUUCCUACUUGAGAAUCUGCUGCUAGGACUUGCAGACACUUUUACAGAUUAGGCUGUAUGAGUUCAGCAGGCCUCACUACAGGGGGUCAGAAUGUUAGUCUGCUUUUCCGUUUUGUUUCAUGAAUCAGUGCUGUUGAUAACAAAUUGUCUUUAAUAAAUCAUGUGUUCUUUGCAA